CCUCAGAAUCUUUAAGUAUUAAUGCAUCUCAAUAUGACUUGAAAAUACUCUCACAGAAUAUUGAUCUGCCUAGUAAUCAAGCACCGUAUUUAGCUAUGGCACGUCAUACGUCAAAUUUAUUUGAAACAAACCAGCAUACAGCUAUAGUGAUAUUAGGUAGUGAAGAGAUGGACAACUUUUUUAUACAACCUCAGAAUUAUUUACAUUCUACGGGGAUUAAUAAUCACUCCUACGAAAGAUUACUUCCAAACCACCAAGAUUUAAGACGAACCACAGAUACUAUGGCGAAUUUUAUUCAUCCUACGUCUGAUUUAGAUGAUGAUGGCGAUGUUGCUGCUAAUCAUCAUGCUAAAAAUAAUGUUGAUACUGGUACAUACUACUAUAAUCGUAAUAGUAAUAUGUAUGCAAAAGCAAUACAAGUGAAUAAUAAGCGGUUAUUUCAAUCAACUACAUAUCGUGUUGCUUUGAGAGCAUGUUCUCAGUAUUCCGAUGGUCGUCAGUUAUGUUCAACAAGCCAAUGGUCUGAGAGAAUAUCCUCCAUCCUUUCAGAGAAUGUUAACAGGUUGUCAAAUCUGAAACCAAUCAAAGAUAAAACACUCACAUGGAAUCUUCAAGAAUCAUCUUCAUUCACUAUCAUUUUAAUUGGUCUAGCCGGUGGACUAAUAUUUUUCGCUAUCCUGAGUACAAUACUUGGUUGUAUUCUACGGCGUAGAAAGCAACAGCUGGCUCGGAGAUCAGCACUUGAAUCAAGUAAUCAAUGGGAUGCACAAAUCUGUAGAGAUUUGAGUAAAUCAAUAUUUGCUGCUGAAAAUUUAUCUGGAUCACACAGUUCACAAACUAAAUGUUUUGCCUCGAAAAAUAAUAAUAAUAGUUUUAUAAAUUCUCAUCCCUCAAAUUACUUUUUAAACAUCCGUACAGAAGAAGGAUCACGCAGUCCAUCGAAUUCAAGCAGUGGUAUCCUAGGCCUAAAUCUUCCACGACCAAGUACAGGUGGACUAUCCGUCGGUACGAAUAUCAUGUCGCCAUUAGCUUCAUCAACAAAUCAAUUAACUAUAUCAGAUAUAUCACCAGUAAUUACUAGAUCAGUACAUAUGAACAGUGUAAACAACAGUUUAGGAGAAAAAUGUGAAUCACCGACAAGAAGUGUUAACAGUACUACUGCUGAAGCCAUUGUGAUGAAUAGACCAUUGUUUAAUAUCCAGUCGAAAUCGGGUACAACAAGUAUGAUGGAGAAUUUCAAUCAACUGUUUCGUGAUGGAACUAUUGAAAUUCAUCGUAUGCCUAUACCAGUUGACCAAUUACAAGAAAUAAUUUAUCAAGCAAGAAGUAAUAAUUAUAUUAACUUUCAACAAGAAUUUCAAGCUAUAGAACAGAUAUCAAAGUCACGAUAUAUCAGUGCAGUACAUUCAAAUUUAGAUAUGAAUAAGUCAAAAAAUCGAUAUCCAAAUAUAUUAGCCUAUGAUCGUACACGGGUGACAAUACAAUCAAGUAAUCAUAUGAAUAUAUCAGGAUCAGAUUAUAUCAAUGCUAAUUAUAUUGAUGGUUACAGAAAACAGAAUGCAUUUAUAGCAACUCAGGCUCCAUUACCAAAUACAUUUGAAGAUUUUUGGACAAUGAUAUGGGAACAGAAUACAAGUGUGAUUGUUAUGCUGAGUAAAAUUAUUGAAAAAGGUCAAGUUAAAUGUGAUCAAUAUUGGCCAACAGUCAGUGGAACGCUUAUAUUCUCUAAUUUAAUUAUAACCCAUAUAGAAACAACUGAAUUGGCAAAUUAUACAAUCCGCAGUUUUGAAUUACGCAAAGAAAGUGAACAUAGAAAAAUCUGGCAUUUACAAUAUACAAGCUGGCCUGAUCAUGGGGUACCAAUUUAUUCGACAGUAUUUUUAAUGUUUCUUCGACGUGUUGGUACAAUUACUCCAGCUGACUGUGGACCAAUUGUUGUUCACUGUUCCUCUGGUACAGGAAGAACUGGUAUCUACAUAGCAAUCAAUAUAUUAUUAGAACGUAUGAAAAGUGAAUCUGUUAUUGAUAUAUUCGGUCUGGUGAAUCAACUACGCAUGCAACGCAAUUCUAUGAUUGAAACACAAGAUGAGUACACGUUUAUUUACACUGCACUACUUGAAUCAAUAACCGAUGGCAACACCGAAGUAUCCGCUCGUAAUCUCUACAUACACUUACAGCAUUUAUCUAUGAUACAGACAACAGUUACAAAUGAUUAUCCUAUGAAUCCUACGGGUCAACAACUGUCGUCAUCAUCUCCUCCAACGAUAUCAGUGAACAGUGUAAAUGAGAAUGUUAAUAAUACAGCUAAUGUGACGGCGACAACAAAUUCCUUAGGCUAUACUGGAUUCCAAUUAGAAUUUCGUAAAAUCAACAAGCUAUCACCAAAUAUUGCAUUCGCAUUGAAUUGUGUUACACCAAAAACUGGUAUCCUAGGAUAUUCAUCGUCUGCGAUUCAUAUACAAGAUUGUAAAUCGGUUGUUUCGUGUGAAGUAGCCAAGAGAAAUGUUAAUUUUAGUAAAAAUCGUCUAGUCAGUAUAAUACCAUUUGAUUGGAAUCGUGUAACUUUAUGUCCAGUACGUGGAGUAGAUGGAUCUGAUUAUAUAAAUGCCAGUUUGAUUGAUGGUUAUCUAAAGAAAAAUGCUUAUAUCGCUUGUCAAGGACCAAUGGUAUCAACUGUAGAAGAUUUUUGGCGUAUGCUUUGGGAAAAACACAGUUGCUUAAUUGUCAUGUUAUGCUCAAUUAAAGAGAGUGGGAAAGAGAAAUGUUUCACCUAUUGGCCAGAGGAUAAAUUAGCCCGUUAUCAAUUCUUUGUAGUGGACUUGACAGCUCAGUAUACAAUGUCUAGUCAUAUAUUAAGAGAAUUUAAAGUAACCGAUGCACGGGAUGGAGAAUCACGUAUCAUUAGACAACUGCAAUAUAUUCAAUGGAAUGAACAAGGCUUACCACAGACAAGUGAAAGUAUAAUUGAUUUGAUUGGACAUAUGCAUAAAAUUAAAGAGCAACAGAAUUAUGAUGGACCGAUCACUGUUCAUUGCAGCUCUGGUGCUGGUCGAACAGGAUUAUUUAUAACAAUGUGCAAUGUGUUGGAAAGGCUACGUCAAGAAUCAGUUAUCGAUAUGUAUCAAACAGUGAAAUUACUUCGACAACAACGUGUCUGGAUGGUACAAACAGAAGAACAAUAUCGUUUCUGUUAUACAGCUACACUGGACUACUUGAAUUCAUUUGAUCUGUGCACUCAACCACAAUUACAAGCACCAAUACCAAUAAUACCAACGCCACUACCCAUGCAAAUGCAUAAUUUACACAGAAAUUCACCAAAUUUAAAAACAAAAUUAAAAUCUACGCAAUUAUCUGAUAAAAGCGUUCUAUUUGAAUUUGAUAAAAAUUAUGAAAUAGGCAAUAAUCAUAAUCAUAAUAAUUUAAUAAUUCAAUAGGAGAAUUAAAAC